AUGUGCAUGAGUGCGACGUGCCCGACCUGCUCCAAGCAGACCUGGCGUGGCUGCGGCAACCACGUUCCGUCAGUCUUCGCGAACGUGCCCGAGGACCAGUGGUGCACAUGCGAGCCCAAGGUUGAGAAGGAUGGCAAGCAGUACCCGCCGCAA